AUGUCGAAUUCGUCCGCUCGCUCUCACAACCCGGCUCCUCGCGUCAAGUCGCUCGGAGAGGGUCCUACCUACCGCCGCCUGGACAUUGACGACGUUGCCGUCCUCCUCGUCGACCACCAGACCGGUCUCAACUCGCUCGUCCGUGACAUUGACCCCGACAAGUUCAAGAACAACGUCCUCGCCCUCUCGGACCUAUCCAACUACUUCAAGCUCCCCGUCAUCCUGACCACUUCGUUCGAGGACGGCCCCAACGGUCCCCUCGUUCCCGAGCUCAAGGAGAACCACCCGAAUGCGCCGUACAUUGCCCGCCCCGGCCAGAUCAACGCCUGGGACAACGAGGACUUUGUCGCUGCCGUCCGCGCGACCGGCAAGAAGCAGCUCCUCAUCGCUGGUGUCGUUACAGAGGUGUGCGUCGCUUUCCCAGCCCUCUCGGCGCUCGCCGAGGGUUACGAGGUCUUCGUCGUCGCCGACGCCUCGGGCACCUUCAACCAGAUGACCCGUGACGCUGCUUGGGCGCGCAUGCAGAACGCCGGCGCCCAGAUCAUGACCUGGUUCGGCGUGGCUUGCGAGCUCCACCACCACUGGGGUAAUGACGUCGAGGGCCUCGGCAGCCUUCUCUCCAACCACAUCCCCGACUACCGCAACCUCAUCAACAGCCACGCGACUCUUACCGCUCAGGUCAAGGCCCAGAAGUAG